GCACAUUAUAGUUUUGAGGUGGAGGAAGAGGCAAUUACUUGGACACAAGCACUGUGGUUGAUCUUCAAAGCAAAAGUGGACUGACUUGCUGUGCACCCACAUUGCAAUUAAGCCUACCCUCCAUAAAUUUUCACCUUUUUGUUCCAAGAUUCUUGAUCUUGCUUCAAAUUUCCCUCCACCCAGAAAGGAAAGUUGUGUUCUUGGAUGUGUUUGUAAGAUUAAAAAAAAAGAGAAAAAAAGGGAGGUGGAAUCAUGGAGGUUAACUCACUUCAGAAGUGGGUUCUGCUAUGGUGUAUAGUAUUGUUUAUUAGCUCUGGGUUGGUUCACUGUGAUGUUACAUAUGAUAGGAAAGCUAUUGUGAUUAAUGGGCAAAGAAGAUUACUUUUCUCUGGUUCUAUACAUUACCCUAGAAGUACCCCUGAGAUGUGGGAAGAUCUGAUAAACAAGGCAAAAGAAGGGGGUUUGGAUGUGGUUGAGACCUAUGUCUUUUGGAAUGUUCAUGAGCCUUCUCCUGGCAAUUACAAUUUUGAAGGAAGAUAUGACCUGGUGAGGUUUGUAAAAACGAUUCAGAAAGCAGGGCUGUAUGCUCAUCUUCGAAUUGGCCCUUACGUUUGUGCAGAGUGGAAUUUUGGAGGGUUUCCAGUAUGGCUGAAGUAUGUACCUGGCAUUAGCUUCAGAGCUGAUAAUGAACCUUUCAAGAACGCAAUGAAAGGGUAUGCUGAGAAAAUUGUUAACUUGAUGAAGAGUCAUAAUCUUUUCGAGUCUCAGGGUGGUCCAAUCAUACUCUCACAGAUUGAGAAUGAGUAUGGGCCUCAAGCCAAGGUACUUGGAGCACCGGGACAUCAGUAUUCAACAUGGGCUGCAAAUAUGGCAGUUGGAUUAGACACAGGCGUCCCAUGGGUGAUGUGCAAGGAAGAAGAUGCACCAGAUCCUGUGAUCAACACAUGCAAUGGUUUCUACUGUGAUAAUUUCUUCCCAAACAAACCAUACAAACCUGCAAUUUGGACUGAAGCUUGGAGUGGAUGGUUCUCGGAAUUUGGCGGUCCCCUUCAUCAGAGACCAGUUCAGGAUUUGGCAUUUGCUGUUGCCCAAUUUAUACAAAGAGGAGGAUCUUUUGUUAACUAUUACAUGUACCAUGGGGGCACGAACUUUGGACGCACUGCGGGUGGGCCAUUCAUCACUACCAGCUAUGAUUAUGAUGCUCCAAUUGAUGAGUAUGGUUUGAUCAGACAGCCAAAAUAUGGUCAUCUCAAGGAGCUUCAUAGAGCUGUCAAGAUGUGUGAGAAAUCCAUAGUUUCUGCAGAUCCAGCAAUCACAUCCUUGGGAAACCUUCAACAAGCAUAUGUGUACUCUUCAGAGACAGGGGGUUGUGCAGCUUUCUUGUCAAACAAUGACUGGAAAUCUGCUGCUAGAGUAAUGUUCAAUAAUAUGCACUAUAAUUUGCCUCCUUGGUCCAUUAGCAUCCUUCCUGAUUGCAGAAAUGUAGUCUUCAACACGGCCAAAGUUGGAGUUCAAACAUCAAAGAUGGAAAUGCUACCGACUAACUCAGAGAUGCUAUCUUGGGAGACUUACAGUGAAGAUAUAUCUGCAUUAGAUGACAGCUCAUCAAUUAGGUCUUUUGGUCUCUUGGAGCAAAUAAAUGUAACCAGAGAUACAAGUGAUUAUUUGUGGUACAUAACUAGUGUUGAUAUUGGUUCAACUGAGUCCUUCUUGCAUGGUGGAGAGCUCCCUACUCUUAUAGUUGAGACAACAGGCCAUGCUAUGCAUGUGUUUAUUAAUGGUCAGCUCUCAGGUUCUGCAUUUGGGACAAGGAAGAAUAGGAGAUUUGUAUUUAAAGGAAAAGUCAAUCUUCGUGCUGGCUCAAACAGAAUUGCACUGCUUAGCGUGGCUGUCGGGCUGCCGAACAUUGGUGGACAUUUUGAAACAUGGAGCACUGGCGUACUAGGUCCUGUUGCAAUUCAAGGACUUGACCAUGGAAAAUGGGACUUGUCCUGGGCAAAGUGGACAUAUCAGGUUGGGCUUAAAGGGGAGGCCAUGAAUCUUGUUUCGACAAAUGGUAUUUCUGCCGUUGACUGGAUGCAAGGUUCAUUAAUUGCACAGAAACAACAACCCUUGACAUGGCAUAAGGCUUACUUCAAUACACCCGAAGGAGAUGAGCCAUUGGCUUUGGACAUGAGCAGUAUGGGUAAAGGUCAAGUAUGGAUUAAUGGCCAGAGUAUUGGUAGAUAUUGGACUGCAUAUGCUACUGGAGAUUGCAAUGGGUGCCAAUAUUCUGGAGUUUUUCGGCCUCCAAAAUGUCAACUGGGAUGUGGGGAACCAACUCAAAAAUGGUACCAUGUUCCUCGGUCUUGGUUAAAACCCACUCAAAAUCUGUUGGUGCUUUUUGAAGAACUUGGCGGAGAUCCCACAAGAAUUUCUCUCGUGAAAAGAUCAGUCACUAACGUAUGUUCGAAUGUAGCUGAAUAUCAUCCAAACAUUAAGAACUGGCAAAUUGAGAACUACGGCAAAACCGAAGAGUUUCACCUACCCAAAGUUCGCAUUCACUGUGCUCCUGGUCAAUCUAUUUCCUCCAUUAAAUUUGCAAGCUUCGGAACUCCUCUCGGAACCUGUGGGAGCUUCAAGCAAGGAACUUGCCAUGCUCCCGACUCACACGCCGUUGUAGAAAAGAAAUGUCUAGGACGCCAAACAUGUGCUGUGACAAUAUCAAAUAGCAACUUUGGAGAAGAUCCCUGCCCCAACGUACUGAAGCGGUUGUCUGUAGAAGCACAUUGUACACCUACUCAGAAUUGAACAGUAAAAAAAAGAAAAGUUGUUCAGAUGUUGCGUAACUUAGUGUACACCCAUGAGGAAAAGGCUAGUGAGGUAAGAAUAAACUGUGAAGCAAAGGAAAUAGGAGGUAGUAGUUUGGUUGGUGAAUGUUGUCAAGGAAAACUCCUGAUACACGUUCAUUAGGUAGUACUCUAAAUUUUGGGGGUGCCGAAGGGGACUCUGUGAAGAUAGCAUAUUUAUACACGAGUUUGUAGAUUGUUGGGAGUUCCAAAAUGCCACUCCCAUCUUAGAGUCUGGUCCCUUUCUGCUUUUAAAUUGGAAAUAUGGACCGGAUAAGGUCAUUUAUGUACUGUUUAGUCAGUGUGAUAGCUUGUCUUCCUGGGAAAACCAAACCCCUUAGGUUCAUGUUAGGAACGGAUCCUAACAUGAACCUUUAUAGUCGUCUGUGAUGUGCUGUUGGCAGAAAGAAUUCAAUGGAAAAGUGUAAUUUGCAUCUACGUUGUCUUUCAUUUUCAUGUAACCUAGCGCCAUAUAUGAGCAUGUUAAUUAAGCCUAAACAGAAGUACAUGGGACGGGACUCAUGACACUCACCAAAGCAUUUCUCUUGUAAGGUACCAUUGUUCCGUUUUGAGUUCACACCCUGCAUCCAUUUUUUAUGGUUCGAUUGCUGAUGUCUUCACCCUGUGCUUGGAUUAUUCAACUCUUCUUACAACAAACUGAACAGAAGUUUGCAGUUC